UCCACACCCCUCCUUGCGGGCUUGGCUGGGUCCUGAGAUUGGAACCGGCAGGACCUGUCCCUGUGGCUUCUCCCCAGGGAGGCUGAGGUCUGAUGAGAAUGUGGGGCCAAGUUCUGUGCCCCCCAGCCCUAAUGACCUCUCUUUGGCUCUGCAGCAUCUAAAAAUCUCAAAGACAGAACAUGGAUCAAUCAGAUAGGAAGAGGCGGAAUUUAGGCCACCACCUGCCCACUCCAGAAGUCUCUGCAGGCCUCACGCCUCCCCACGCCACCACCGCCCCCCACCCCCGACUGCCGGAUUUUCGCCUCUGAUGGCUCUGCCGUUAUCCAUCAGACCCACUAGAUGGAGUGAUCCAAGGGUGGAGACUUGGUCCACCCGCAGCUCCAAGAUGGUCUCAUCACCCACGGUCAUAACAAGGAUGCAAGCAAUCAUGCAGAAGGAGAUGGUGCGAGAGUUCCUGGCCGAGUUCAUAAGCACAUAUGUCAUGAUGGUGUUUGGCCUCGGCUCCGUGGCCCAUAUGGUUCUAGGAGGUAAAUUUGGGAGCUUCCUCGGUGUCAACUUGGGUUUUGGCUUCGGAGUCACCAUGGGAGUGCACAUGGCAGGGAACAUCUCUGGGGCCCACAUGAAUGCGGCCUUGACCUUCACCAACUGUGCACUAGGCCACAUGUCCUGGAAGAAGUUUCCUGUGUACGUCCUGGGUCAGUUUCUGGGUUCCUUCCUGGCUGCUGCCACCAUCUACUGCCUCUUCUACUCCAUUAUUGAAUUUUCGGGCGGACAUCUGACAGUGACUGGUCCCCUAGCCACCGCUAGCAUUUUUGCCACCUACCUUCCUGACCACUCAACAUUGUGGAGGGGCUUCCUGGAUGAGGUGCUAGUGACAGGGAUGCUCCAGCUAUGUCUCUUCGCCAUCACGGACAAGGAGAACAACCCAGCGCUGCAAGGGACACAGGCCCUGGUGAUUGGCAUCCUCAUUAUUGUCAUUGGAGUGUCCCUGGGCAUGAACACAGGAUAUGCCAUGAACCCAUCCCGGGACCUGCCUCCCCGCUUCUUCACUUACAUUGCUGGCUGGGGUGUACAGGUCUUCAGGGCCCGGGACUGGUGGUGGGUGCCAGUGGUGGCGCCGUUCCUAGGUGCCUACUUAGGUGGCAUCAUCUACUUGGUCUUCAUUGGCUCCACCAUCCCACGGAGGCCCCAGAUACUGGAGGACUCCAUGAUGUAUGAAGACCGCAGAAUACCUGUGUUGUCCAAGACCAUGCCAAACCCACCCGUGACCUCUUCCAUCACCCCUGUCUCUGUGUCUCCCAUCAACAGACCUUCAGUCCGAACUGUCCCACCCUUAAGUGACCCCAUCCACCUAGAGCACUUCUAAGAAAGAUUAUUUGUGACCCUAUCCCCUCACUCCAAUAAAGAAAACCUUGUCCAACACAGUGGCACCCCCACUUCCUGGGUGCCUCCUGUGGUUGGGCUUCCCUCCUGGAUUCUUCCAGGGUUAUGCAGUAGCCCGAGGCUGGAGCACAGAUCUGAGAGGUCUCUAAAUCCUUCCAGCCUUGGGAACUGGGGUGCCCCCAGUGGGAAUGGGGGAAGAACCGAACUACGGCCUCAGUAGGAAAAGGAGAUUAAAGGAUGCCGGACACAGAAUGGUGGACUUUCAGGCAUAGGGUAGGGAAGGGAUGGUUUUGGGGAAAGGACAACAGCUAGCUGGAUGUAAGCUCUGGGGAUACCUUGAGCUACCCUGGGAUGGGACUCGAGACUCUCCCUCAGUUCUGGCUGGUCCUUGGACCAGACAAAGCAAGGCCCAAGCAUGUAGAUCAGAGUUUCUUAAGCUUUUUUUUUUCAUUAUUGCUCCCCUCAGAAGCCCUUUAGACAUUUUCUUUCUUAAUCACAUAUUUUAGUACCACAGAUGUACUAUAUCUGUUUAAGUAUUGUGUAUAUAUAUAUCUGUUCUUUAUACAAAAUAGAGUAAGAUUUUUUCAUCUUCCCCUUUCAAGAAUCAAUGUUCUUGCCCUUGGAGGCAAAAUCACCCCCACUGUGAAAACGCCUAAUGUAGACUGAAAGUAGGUAAAGGGUUGGAUUCCUCUUUCUUAUACUGGUGCCAGAGCUCUCCCACACUAAGGAAUUCCGGAGUCAGAAGGAAGAUGCAGAGAAGGAAGUUCUUCCAAAAGGUACAGAGACAGGAAAUGGCUUCAUGGGAUUCAGGGGGAUAGGCACAGAGGUGGGGUGGAGGUGGGGCAGCAAGCAUCCCCACCCACUCUGGGAUCAAGCAGGAAUUACCCUGCCUUCUGGGACUCAGAGGCAGCAUCACCCAUGGUUCCUGUCAUUGUUUGUGUAUUCAGCCUUUCAACAAUUAUUGAGAACCUCUUGUGUGCAGGCCCUGCCUGGGCACUGAAGAUGUUGAAACGGAUGAGGCCGGGUCUCUGCCUUCGAGGAGCCCAGUCUAAUGAGGAUGGGUAAUCAUGGGGAAGGAGCUAAGUGUCAGAGAGGGGCUGUGGGGCUCAGAGAGGGCUCACUGCCCAGCCGCGGGGUGGAGGCCAGGGAUGGGCUUCCCAGAGGAGGAGGAAGAGCAGAGUGGAAGACAAAGGUUGUCCUUUCUGGGAUUUGUUGCUGCACUUUGCAGUUUGAGGAGAUGGUGUUGAGGAGGUGGGCUUUCUUCUGGAGAUGGGGACAUGGUGAGAUGAGAUUUAGCAAGCCUGCCUGAGCUGCAGUGUGCAAGUUGCUGGGAAGGGGGGAGACUGGAACCUGCAAGGGAGUAUGGUGAGAGGCAAUAAUCCAGGAGGAGCAGCAGAUGGGAGAAAGGGGAUUCACUAUAUACGGAGGAGGUAAAGCUCACAGGACUUGGGCUUGAAUUGGGAGCAGUAGGUAGGAUGCAGCAGGGGUCAGGCUGACUUCAGUUUUUGGCUUGGGCCUGGGGCACCGGAGAUGUGCCCCCUGAGAGUGUAUAAGGAGACAAACUGGUUUGGAAAGGAAGAUAAGUUAUAUCGUGGGCAUGUUGAGUUUGUGUUGCCUAUGGGACUUUGGGGCAAGAGGUGUGUAUCUUGAGCAAGUUAUUCAACCUCUCUGGGCUUCCGUUUUCUCAUUGGUAAAAUGGGUCUAAUAUUACCUAUCAUUUGUGUCACUGUGAAUAUUCAAUGAAAUAAAACAUGUACAAUGCUGAGAAUAGUGCUUGGCACAGAGUAAGUGCAUAAUAAACAACUAUGCUUUUUAUAUGGUCUGGAGAUCAGAAGAGAGUUGAAGACAGAGAUUGGGGAAGUCAUGCCCGUGUGGACAUCACGGGGGCCGUGGGAUAGUGAAAGGAGGGUCAGUGACCAGUGUCCUGCGAGCACAGCUGGGAGCAUGGUUAGGAGGUGUGGAGUGGGCACCUGACCCGGGAGGGGUGCAAGG